GUGAAGUGAAGUGAAGUCGACUCGUCGAGUUUUAGUGAGAGUGAGGUUAGAAGUUGGGAUUUAAGAACUUUAGACUGUAUAUUUUUCAGUAUUCUUCAUAAAACAACUAUGGCUAGUGGUUCAAGAUAUAAGAAAAUGACUGAGGUCGAGCAGCCCAUAGAGUAUGUUCAAAUGGAUGGUUUGGCUGUGAUGAAAAUUGUGAAACAUUGCCACGAAGAAUGUGUGUCAGGAAACCUGGAAGUUGCACAAGGAGCUUUGCUCGGGUUGGUAGUUGAUAAUCGUCUUGAGAUAACUAACUGCUUUCCAUUCCCAAAGACCUAUGAUGAAUCAGUUGAUGAGGAGGAGUACCAGCUGGACAUGAUGAGGAGACUGCGUAGAGUUAACGUAGAUCACUCCCACGUAGGCUGGUACCAGAGCUCGGACGUAGGCAGCUUCCUCAAUUUACCACUGCUGGAGUCUCAGUACCACUACCAAACCUCCAUAGAGGAAUCUGUGGUUCUGAUAUAUGACACUCAAAAAACUGGGAGAGGCUUCCUUACUCUGAAAGCAUACAGGCUGACUCCGCAGGCCAUAAACAUGCACAGAGAGGGUGAGUUCACCCCCGACGCUCUGAGGUCACUCAAGGUCGGCUACGAGACGCUGCUGAUGGAGGUGCCGGUGGUUAUCCGCAACUCUCCGCUGACCAACAUCCUGCUGUCGGAGUUGACCGAGCUGGUGCCUCCGCAGCAAGGCUCCAACUUCCUGGACCUCGGCACGGCCACAGUGCUGGAAGGGCAGCUGCGCAGUCUGAUGGAACACGUGGACGACCUCAACCAGGAGGCUAUCAAGUUCAACCGGUACCAGCAGCAGGUGGUGCGUCAGACGCAGGACAAACACCGAUUCUUGGCCAAGCGGGCUCAAGAGACUGCGGCCAGACAGGAGAAGGGGUUGCCUGCGUUGCCUGAGGAGGACGUCAACAAGCUGUUCCGUCCGAUAGCUGUUCCCCCCCGCCUGGCCCCCAUGAUACUGGCGGGGCAAGUGGAUACAUACAGUCAACACAUCUCACAGUUCUGCUCACAAGCCCUUGCCAAGCUCUACAUAAUGCAAGGCCUGCAUCAGUGAUAUGAGAGUGACAAAUAAAUUUGCAAUUCCUCUUCUAA